AUGUCCCGCAACGAGUACUUUGAUACGUCUGGCACGAAUCCAGGAUAUCGCCGGACUCAGAUGCCAUGGGACCAGCCAACGUAUGGCCAAGGGUACACUGAUUCACGUCGUGGAUCAUCUGACUUCUCUGCCGCUUCGAGUCGGAGCUCCUUGUUGAUCGAAGAUACGACCAGAGUCGCACCCACUUCGAGCUUCAUCAGUCCUCUAUUCCCAAGUCCAGUAACCAGAGCCCAAGACGCAUUGAUGCAUCCCCAGUCCAACUUGGACCUUGUCUCCUUGUUCGACUCUUUCCAAGGGCUGCAACACCCCAGCAAUACCAACUUGGAGCUUCCGCCUCUGGAUAUCUUCGCAGAGGAUUCUUAUGCGUUUCAGACGCAACCUCAGGGUGUACCCACGUUCGGUCAGACCGCCCAGUACCCUACAUGGACUGACCAUCAAACCUCGCUCCAUGGGCUUGGCUUCGAAUCGAACAUUGAUUCCACCCUCAGCCGUACCUUCGGUAGCAACAUGGUGCUCAGCACUCAUGUGGAUGUUCAGGCAUUCCCAAUAUCCCAUGGCGGCGACAGCACGCAACCGCUCAAUGCAUUUGAGACUAGUCCCAGUCUCAAUCCUUGGCUCGGUGGUAGCCAAAAUGAAAUGAUGGGCAAUACAGCUACGAAUCAUCUUUCUCCAAUCGCCUCUCCCCCAUCCUCUGUCGACGUCGAUGAUCAGAGCGUGGGUCGCCAACCGGUGAAUCUACGUCCCCAACAGCAGAAUAAUGCUAGGAGCACCGAAAAUCUUCCAUUGGAGGAGAUCGAUAAAUACCUGAGGAGGAAUCCCUUGCCGCGCAGUAAAGCGGGUCAUGGAUCUCGUGGCGGUGCGAAAGAUUGGUCGUGCACAUACCAUCCAUGCACUCAUGGCCCGUAUACAAACAAAAGACGGGACCAAACGCGCUGUCACAUCGCUGCGCAUCUUGGGUACAAGUCACACAAGUGCGAAAGUUGUCAAAGCAAGUUCUUGCGUCGCGCAGAUCUCAAGCGACAUAUUACAAAUGCCUGCAAAUCUCUGAAAGGAAACACAAGAAGCGGAGCUCAAUCAAUCGCACCGAGACCAGGAAGUAGUCCAGCUGGAGUGGGCAUGAGCACUGGGGAGUCGCUCUUUUUCAAUCUUCCAGACGCCAGAGCAACGAAAGGAAGUGCAAAAUACAUACAGAUCCCACCGCAAUUCAAUGCGUACGACGCGCUCCAAAACUAG